AUGAAUUACUCUGUGAUGUUAAUCACCAUCUUCGCAUUGUUGUAUGUAUUGAACGUCCCUACGACGUACAUACUCUCUCUUAUUAACCACAGAAGUAGUUUGUACACACUUCUGUCUCUCUUACUUCCAUUUGUUACCCCCCUCUUCGUGUUUCUCAUUGGGUCUCCAAGGCUCCCUGACAGCCAAGAGUAUGUUCCAUUCGUCGACGUCUGCUGGUACAGAAUGUCCAACAAGAAAUCGCCAAUGGUCAUCACGUCGUCUGUUGGUGGUUCAACCAAAGUCGAUUGGCCUGUUGUUAUUCCAAAGAUGUACGAGUCCUUGAAACAACACGAACGAAUGACGAGAAGAGUCACAAAGAGUAAUGGAUAUUACGUAUUUGAAGAUUGUGAGAUGGACAUUGACUACCACAUGAACUUCUGUGAUGCCGAGCUGAGUAAAGAAGAGUACGUUAAGAAGAUUAAUGAACUCAAAGGAUUGGACCUCGAUGAAAAUAGACCGUUGUGGAAGAUCAUUAUAUUCCCCAACGUAGAAAACAGUUGGCGGAUGGUCGUCAAGAUAUCACAUUGUCUUGUUGAUGGCCUAACCGCCGUCAGAUUGAUGCAAGAAGUCGCAGAAGCGUCAAACCUCGAGUUAAACGAUUACAAUGAAUCAAAGUACCACUUCCUUGAGAUCAACAAGGAAAUAGCCAAGCUGGCCGCUCUGACAUUGAGCAAACAACCAAAAGGUAUUUGGACUCGAGUGAAGCGCAUUUCUCUCAUUCCUAUCUACAUGUUGAGAGUGUUCUUUGCAAAGAACGACACUGUGAAGUGUUUGAGGAAGAAGUUGAGUGGAAAACAACAGUGCUUUUGGGGAAAGAUGUCUUCUGUCGACUCUGUUAAGGAAGUUGCCAAGCAGUUUGGUGGAAAUUUGAACACAUUGCUCUUCUCGUGUAUGGCAGACACGUUUAGCGAAGUUGUGAAAGAGAAGGGUGGAGAUGAGACUGAAGUCAAUUUCUAUGUUGCUGCGAACUUACGGAUGUAUGAGCCGAAGAUACAAUUUGGAAAUAAAAUAGGACUUCUUUUAAUGUCACUCCCACUCGAUAACAAAAACUUGAAAACGCGAUUCGAGACAAUUAAAGGAAGACUCGAGACAGCAAAGAACUCAAUGGAGGCGUAUGUUUAUUAUGUCGUUCAGAGUGUUAUUGGGAUAUUCCCCGAUUGGAUACAAGCUUUGGGAAUCAAAAUUGUAGAAAGAAAAGCCACACUCAAUGUAACAACUGUCCCUGGAUUUAAAGAACCCUUGAACUUCUUUGGUUCUAAGGUUGAUGACGUCAUG